AUCACGUGAUAGGCAAAAUGGCGACAACACCUAAAGAGAGAUUUGACGCUGCAGUCAAAGUUAUUCAUGGAUUGCCAAAGGAGGGGCCCUUCCAGCCUUCAUAUGAAAUAAUGUUAGCAUUUUAUGGGUUGUAUAAACAGGCCACAGAGGGAACGUGUACAAAACCAAAGCCAUGGAGCUGGGACAUAGUAGCUAAGAAAAAAUGGGAUGCAUGGAACAAGCUUGGUAAUUUACCAAGUGAACAAGCCAUGGAUCUUUAUGUUGAAGAACUUAAGAAGAGUAUUGCCUUGUCCACAGACAAGUGGAACACAAUGGGUGACAAGGAUAAAAGGAUUGUUGAAGCCAUGCCACAAGAAAAGCCUGUUAGAGAUUUUAUGGAGACCAUUGGAACAUUUUAUGAAUUAAUAGAUGAGAGGUCGCCAUUUGAGGAUGAAAAGCGUUCCUAUGAUCUUGCUAAUGGUGAUACAAAUAGUAAUGUGAUACAGGAAGAUAUAAGAAAUGGAAAUGAAAAUUCAAUGAAUCACUCCAUGCUGGUUGAUCCUCUUCUGAAGAAUCUUGUCAAACAAGACAUCAAGAUGAAUGGAAUGCCGCGAGGUUUUCAAGACAAGGAAUUUGAUGAUGAAAAACCAACAGAAUCAGCUCUCUCUAUUUUAGAUUCUGAAAGAGAAAACUGGGACAGAAUUUCUAGUAUGAAAAAUGCUCAGGACCAAGAUAUUAAUGGAGGUAUGAAUGGCAUGCAUGACGACCAGGACGACCAAGAUGAAUCAGAAAUACACACACCAGAAAUCCAGACCCAAAACCACACCAGAAAAAACAGUGAAAUGCUUUAUGAUAAUAUAGAGCAUCCAGUUAAUGGUGAAACAGUGACAGAUGAUAAAGUGCCCUCUAGUGACAGACUUACAAGUGAGAGUGAAAGUGAAGAGGAGUUUUGUGACACAUCAGAUCAACCAUCACCGGAAGAGUUGUCAAGAAAGGCUUCUAAAGACCAACAGAUGUCAACACCAUUAAAAGGAAAUUUACAAAAUAAUAAACAGAAAUAUGUUCAUUUUAGUGCAAAUCCAUCAUUACGAACUGAUAUUGAAGUUGACCAACAGACACUGUCACCAGUUCCAAAUCGCUUACAUCGAGAUAAUUUGUCAAUGUCACAGAACUUUCCUUUUGGAUUAAAUUUUCAACAGAGGUCCCAGCAUGAUAGUUUAAUUGUUCAUGGACCAUCGGAAGAUUCAUUAAAUGUUACAGGGCUAAGUGAAAUUGGUAGUGAGAAUUCAAAUUCAUCUGCACAAUCAAAUAGUUUAACCAAGUCUGAAGUGUUAAUGGAAGAACAUUUGAGUUCAGAAAAUAUAAGGACUUGUGGUGGGGGUCAGAUUUCCCCACCGGGUGGAAGUUCUAGUGGAAAACUACCUAGUCAGGGAUCAUAUAGCUCACAGGGUUACAGACCAGUUGAAGGUUAUGGGUAUUAUGAUGGAUUUCCUAUGGAGGGAGGACAGGGAGGUGAAGGAGGAGGCGGUAGAGACCCUCAACAUCCACCACAGAUGUAUGGAUCAGUCAAUGAACAGAUUGCUAUUACAUUAAUGAGACUUCAGCAAGAUAUGCACACAGUAUUACAAAGGCUAGACAGUUUAGAGGCUGUCUCUAGGCAACAGAGAAAAACUGAUCAAAGAAAUUCAAUAUUUAUGUCCAGCUGGUGGCCUUUCCCCAACUUAACAGGGAAGACAUUUUUGUUUGUUGUUAUCUGGCCUAUGUUUGUAUACUGGUUAAUGUCAAGAAGGAGAAGAAGGAUAAAUUAAGAAUUGCAUAGUUUGAGAGAAUAUUGUCAGCUCAAAAAAUGGACCAGGAAGAAAGAACAAGAAAAGUGUACAUUGUCUACAUUACAAAAUUAUUUAUCACUUGUCAAGAUUGAGAAACUUUAUACCAUUUUGAUGAUGUUUAAUAUUUCUAAUAUUGACAAAUUUUCAGAUAAUUAUAUAAGUAGCUGUUAGAAGUCAAAUGAAAAAUUUUAUGAUUGAAUACUUUAAACCAAAUAUUUUCAGGGAAUUCUUUCGCAUUUGGUCCUUUCACAACCAAAUUUGCGUUGAUUUAUUUCUUGAUUGUCUAUCUUUGUUGAUGUAUUA